GUGUGCGUGUGCGUCGUCGUGCGUCGCGCGAGUCUGAUUUUCGACAGCGACGCCGGAGACUGCGCAGGAGGCGAGAAAAGCUUUGUUGGCCGAUAGCGAGCGGAACGCGAGAAGGCGCGUUCUCGACGCCGCCUGUUUGACUUCCUCUUUCGAUCGCCCUUGGACAUCCCGUGACGUCGUUCAGCUCCGAACGAGCUCGUCCGCUGAGAAGACGGUUCGCGUCAGCCUCGCCAGCCCGGCCAUACUUGCAGCAUCUCCAAGUGGCAGAGCUCUGCAGGAAACCUUCGCGGCGAAGCGUCACGUCUUUGUUGUCUCAAGCUCGCUGUUCCAAGUCGUACUGUCCGUUUAGGCAAACAUGACAUGCCACUCGCUGUCGUGACAGGUCAGCUGAAAGCCAACGCCUUAUCGCACCCUCGCUGGAGCAACGACGAAGCAAUCAUCACAGAUGUGCAAUAAAGUCCCUGGACUAUUCAAGGCCACAAUACAAAGCAAACUGCCUAGCGGCUGUCACGGCUUGCCGUCCACGUAGCCGCAAUGUUCUCGUCGACACUCUUCAAGAGCAUCCCGUGUCCAGCUGGUCCAGAUAAAUGCAAGCUUGCCAACUGCUUGUUCUCGCACGAGCUUGGAAUCGUGCCGUCAAAGGUCGAUGAUACCGCACGUAAUGCGAAAAGUGCGACCGUGGGUCAAGAGCACGGCGAUCUGAAGCGCAGGAAGCUGAACAACACGACCCUGGAACGGAUUAAAGAUGGCUCACAAGUCGACAACUCCCCUGCCCAAGCGGAAAUCGCAACUCCUUCUAGUUCCAAAAAGCCAAUAAGCGCUCCGGUUCAAGCAACAAGCACUGCUAAAUCGCUUGCAUCUGUGGCUCGCCCCAUCUCGCCUCCAGCCUCGGUGGUCGAAAAGAAGGCCUCAGUGCAAAAGCCCUCUCCAAAUGUGACAGAUGCAGCACACAAGUCCUCAGAAUCACGCCCAGAGAAGGUAGAGAGGCUCGCGCCGCGCAUGGUCGCAAAGAUCAGUACACCAUACUCGACCCGCAGCGCUCUCUUAAAUCAUAUACAUAACGAAGUAACGCGACUCAACAGUGAGGUUGCGAAGAGCAAAGACCCAAGCAUAGCUGCCUUGAAGCUAACAGAGAACCAAUUAAUUCGCUUGGCACUCGAUGAGGAGGAAGAGGCGACGAAACAGCCGCUUGUCUAUGUCAACAAAAUGAAAAUCAAGAUCGGCAGAUACAGAAAAAUGCCCCUCAAUGAGUGGGUGGAAACUCGAAGGCAGGCCACAGGCUUAACCAGAAACGAAGGGGAAGCGAAGGACGCAGGUGUCGACAGCCCUGUCAAGAUUGAGACUGGCUUAUCGCCUUCUGAGGAGCUGGACAUGCUACAACGAUUCGUCCUCUCGCCACAACAGCUGUCAACAGCGGGCUUCAUACUCACACCGCCAACGGAUGCACAAAUUGCAGAUGCUCUGAAGACGAUCGAGAUCUCUGGUGGAUACGAGACGUGUGACAGGUGUGGCACGCGAUUUAAGUGGCUAGACGAACCAAAGGAGGAUGGGACCAUGACGACAAAUGGAAAGUGCGUGUAUCAUUGGGGUAAACCAAUUUUCCCAAAGCGGGAGAAGACGGACCAUAUCACUGGGCCGAAGGAGGCGCUUUACUCGUGUUGUGGCCAGGCGAAGGGGUCACCGGGCUGCACAACAACGAAUUCGCACGUCUUCAAGAUCAGUGCAUCCAGCCCCGGCCGCUUAGCUAGUAUCCUCCAAUUCCAGACCACGCCGCUGAACACAAAGGCUGAGCGCAUGGCUGUCGCAUUUGACUGCGAGAUGAGUUACACUACGGCGGGUCUUGAGAUAGUCCGACUGUCUGCGUGUAAAUGGCCGUCGAAAGAAGCACUCAUUGACGUACUUGUCAGGCCAUUUGGUAAGAUCCUCGAUCUGAACACCAAGUUCUCUGGUGUAACGCCAGAACAGUUCUCUAAUGCAAUUGACUUUGAUCCCGAGAUCCACACGCCACUUCCGGAACCCGGCGCAGACGGAGCCGAGCAGCAGAUGAAGAUCGUGGCCUCUCCGGCGGCAGCACGAACCCUUCUUACCAGCUACAUAUCGCCAACCACCGUGCUCAUUGGUCAUGCCAUUGAGAACGACCUUAAUGUUCUCCGUCUUCUUCACCCCACAAUCGUGGACACGUCCCUACUGUUCCCUCACCACGGUGGCCUCCCCUAUCGCUUUCCACUUCGCAAACUUGCCAAAGACCUACUCAAUCUGGACAUCCAGACAGCAGACGCAGCCGGGCAUGACAGUAUGGAAGAUUCACGUGCAACUGGAGACCUGGUGCGCGUCAAGAUCGGGAGAGAAUGGGACAAGCUUGUCAAGCAGGGCUGGAGUGUCGAUAGAGGCAAAUUUUACGCCACGAUUGGGGGGAAGAAAAGAGAGGCCAGCUUGCCACCGUACAUGGAUAGUCAGGGGUACAGUAGGAAACGUAAGGACGGAGAGGCGGUGCCGCCCAUGGGCCAGGUUGGGGAGAGUGAAGGCCUAAAAAGGUUGCUGCAGGAGAACAGUGAAACAAAGGACGCGAAGUUGUGAAGAUUACAUGUACAAUACGCAUCCCCUGGAAGCACGAACCUGUCGAAGACGCGUAGUCGCCAAUCCUGGCAAAAAUCUAGUUUGGAUAUUCUUCUCUUCUUCCAACAGGAAAUGCUACACGUUUCUACCAUCCGCC